AAAAAAAAAGAUAUUUUAUAUAAAGACUAGAAUUCCUUUACAGAAAACAUGCUUCUUCGAUCGCCUAGUAGUUAGUUAAUGGACAUCGAGUGUUGUCAAUCAUCUAUCUGAGGCUAAAAAAUAAAAAUUCCAGACUUUAGUUCCAAAUCUGUAAUUGUCGCCUGACGACACAUCAUGACCAUUCUUCUUCUCCCAAUAACUCGGAAAAUUUGCUUCCUUCUUUUUUUUUUUGGGUUUUUCAUAUUUGACCAGCCAUCCCGGGGAAUGUCAUCUACAAGUAUAGGUACGACCACAAUCGAGAAAGGAGAAGCAAUCUUUUGUUUCUGUUCCAUUUGAAAGUGAAAAGAGCGCGAAAGACUGCCAUAGAUUGAUUGAAGCUAAGUGAGAGAGAGAGAGAGAGAGAGAAGUGGUAAAACUCGAAAAGUCAAGCGAUCCCCGUGAACGGAGUAAGUGAUAGAGAAAUAUGUUUUAUUGUUGAACACAUACAUACAUUCGCCGAUAUUCAAGAAUAUGUUCAAGGUUAUUUGCAUAUAAGCAUUUAAGAUCUUUGCUGUGCGAAUUCAAGAGAAACCCGGCAAAACUUGACAAUCACCGCCCCAUACAUACUAUACGUACUCUGAUAUUGAGGUGUUGUAAAUCGCCCUAACCAAUGAAUGAGUUUAUCAAACUUUUAUUAUUAAAAUCAUUGAUAAAUCAUCCGAUUGAUAUCCUAUCCUAGUCAGGCUUUAUAGAAACUAUUAAACCCUGUACGGAAGCUGCGGUCAAAAUAGUUGUUACAUUUUUAGGUUUCAAGGCAAAUUUUUCAAAAGAAUUGAAAUGAUUAGGACUAGCACCAAAUUGAAAGGUGACAAAGUUGAAAAUUAUUUGCGUUUAAGUGUAACCUUCAUAAGAUUUUUGGAAAAUAAAUCAACUUUCAUUGCUAGUCAUCAUUAAUAAGGAUAGCAGAUAAUAUCCCAGCAAUUAAGGCAAACGCUUACUUUUCACGCAUUUCAAUUAAUUGAGCUAAUUUUGUCAAGCAAAAGGGCACGAAAUUUAUCGGAAAUUCGAAUUCAUAGAAUGGUAGAAGGUAACUCGGAGAAGGCCGGCAAUAACUUCCAUAAUGUAGAAAGUGGAUUACAAUCAAACUACUCUGGCAAUAGCACUGUAAACUCUUUAAUAACAGCAGCAACAACAACAACAACAUAUACAACAACAACAACAACAACAACAACAACAGCAGCAGCACCACCAGCACCAGCAGGAACAACAAUUGAUAAUCGUUCCAUCCUACAACCCUAUAGUAUAGUUGUAGAUUCGAAAAAUCCUGGCUAUCAGUUUAUAAACACAAGCUAUGAAACAGAUAAACACGACGUAGAGAAAGCAUUUAAUAAUGGAUCGGGAGGCCGGCGAUCUCUACCUGGCAUCAAAGCCGGCUUUGAGCAAGCUAUCGAAUUAUGCGGUUAUGGAAAAUUUCAUUAUGUGCUUUUGGCUAUAUGCGGCCUGGUUAGCACAAGCGAAGAAAUGGAUGUCAUCUCGAUGUCAUUCAUUCUACCCUCAGCUCAAUGUGAUUUAAAUUUGAAUACAAAAAGCAAAGGUUGGCUUAAUUCUAUAAUAUUCAUUGGCAUGAUGGUGGGUGCAUACUUUUGGGGUAGCAUUGCUGAUUCGGUCGGUCGCAAAAAAGUGCUCAUAGUGAUCUCAUUCAUGAACGGUUUUUGCAUUGUAGCCUCGUCCUUCUCACAAACCUUUGAAUGGUUUAUGUUCUUUCGCUUUUUAAAUGGUGCUGCCCUUGGCGGUAGCGGUCCCGUGAUUUGGUCAUAUUUUGCUGAAUUCCAACCGAAGGCGAAACGUGGAUGUAUGUUAAGCUUUAUGGCUGCAUUCUGGACAUUUGGUAAUCUUUUUGUAGCUGGUUUGGCUUGGCUAAUUAUACCUACCAAUAUUGGUUUUGUUACAUCGAUAUUCACUUAUAAUUCGUGGCGUAUUUUCUUAAUGGUUUGCUCGACGCCUUCGUUUCUCGUUGCAUUCCUGCUAUUCUAUUUGCCGGAAUCACCAAAAUUCUUAUUAUCUAAAGGUAAACCAGACCGAGCUAUGGCGAUUUUUCGUGGCAUCUUUGUGACCAAUAAUAAAAAAUCACCCGAUUUGUAUCCCGUCGCCGAAUUAGAUUUCGAUGAAAAACUUAUGCAAGAAUUAAAAGAGAAAAGGGAAUCCCUUAAAGGGAAAUAUACGAAAAUGUUAUCAAAUAUGGCCGAGCAUAGCAAAGAAUUGUUUCGAAGACCAAUUCUUAAAUUUACUAUCGUUUCAAUAACGAUUAAUUUCACUUUUCAUAUUGGAUAUUAUGGUUUAAUGAUGUGGUUCCCCGAACUGUUUAGUCGUUUUGAAGAAUACAGUAACACUUUUCCUAAUCAAACAGCUGGAGUUUGUAUUGUUACCGACUAUAUCGUCGGAAAAGGUAAUCAGGAUAAUGCCAUCUGUUCGGCGCAUAUACCAUCAGCAGUUUUUAUGGAAUCGUUGAUAUCAUUGGCCUCUGCUUUGCCCGCGAAUUUAAUUGCCAUCCUGGGUAUGGAUUGGCUCGGGCGGAAAUUCUUUUUAAUAUUCGGAACAAUGACGGCUGGUGUUUGUUCCGCUGCAAUGUAUUUUGUUUAUAAUUCCACGCAAAAUUUGAUAGCGACCGCUGUGUUCAGUGGAGCCAUUUCUACUGCUAAUGCCGCCCUGGAUUGUCUUAUUACAGAAGUAUUUCCAACACAUUUACGAGCCACAGGUGUGGCCGUAUCUAUGGUCGCCGCCCGUAUGGGCGGUAUCAUUGGUAAUAUUGUGAUAGCUACACUGUUGGAUCAGUAUUGUCCCGCUCCUACAAUUAUCGUAGCUGUUUUGCUAAUAGGAGGCGGCCUUAUGAGCCUGUUUUUGCCCAAUACGACACGCAAAGAAUUGAACUAAGCAGCAGCAGCAGCAGCAGCAGUACGGCCAGUCAGCAGUAAAGUCAUUAUCAUUGCUUUGAUUUCUUUCUUGAUUAUUCUACCGACCUACGCACAACUAACUAGAUUAACACGAUACAUAUAUAUAAUAUUGUAAAUAGAUAUAUAUGUAUUUUAGAUUUUAUAAUUUGAAAUUACGCUCAAUUAACGUUACUCAAAUCAAUUAAUUAAUGUCGAGUAAUAGCCGAAGAGAGUGCAAUUGAAAUGUCGGUCUAUUUUUACUCUCUUCUAUGCAUUUUUCUUCUUUUUUCUUUUUCGUUUUCGUUUUCGUUUUUUUUU